AUGGGCUCUGCUCAACUCCAUGGACAGCUUCCCACCUGGGAACGCUCUGCUCCCGGAUCAAUCAACAUCUCCCCAGCCGUGUUCCCCAAGUCCGCGUUGACUCCAGCUUCAGACCUAGAUGCGAACAAGACCACCGGUGAUUUGCUCUUUGUUGAUCAAGGCUUCUGGAGAGACCAUUUGGCACUGACGUGGGAGUUUCGCACAGCACAGGGCCCCCAGGAGAUUCUCAGCCUGCUAGAGACAAGCUCCAAAUCCAGAGAUGGGUUUCGUUUAAAGAACGUUACACCGGACACAAGCUCUGCGCUACGAGCUCCCAGGGUUGGACCUCUGGAUGGCGAGGGCGAGGUUAUUGGGAUUACUUUCUUCUUCAACUUUGAUACAGUCAUCGGAUCAGGAAAAGGUGUGGGCAGAAUUAUCAACGACAAUGGAACCUGGAAGUUCUAUUCACUCUACACAGCCCUCCAGGAGCUCAAAGAUUACAAGGAGACGAUCAACGAAAGACGGCCCCAUGGAGUCGAGCACGGCGCAAAGCAAGGCCGGCAGAAUUGGGCUCAACGAAGAGAGCAAGAGAAGUUGCACAAGAAUGCCAAUCCAGCUGUUGUCAUCAUAGGUGCUGGACAAUCCGGACUCACGAUAGCAGCCAGAUUGAAAAUGAUGGGAGUCGAAGCCCUGGUUAUUGACGAAAGCGCCCGCGUUGGAGACAGCUGGAGGAAACGCUACCAUCAAUUGGUUCUCCACGAUCCCGUCUGGUAUGACCACAUGCCCUAUCUUCCAUUCCCGCCCCAUUGGCCCAUCUUUACGCCCAAAGACAAGCUGGCAGAGUUUUUCGAAGCCUAUGUAACACUGCUGGAGCUCAACGUGUGGAACAAUACGUCCAUUGGAGGAGCCAGUUGGGAUGCUACCAAAGGGGGCUGGGAUGUCAAAUUGCUCCGACGUCUAGAGGACGGCUCGGUAGAGACUCACAACUUGCGUCCACGCCACAUCAUUCAAGCGACGGGCCAUUCGGGCUUCAAGUACGUGCCGCAGUUUAAGGGGAUGGAUACUUUCAAGGGUGAUCGUAUCUGCCAUUCAUCGGAGUUUCCAGGUGCCCGAGAGAACAGCAAAGGCAAGAAGGCAGUAGUUGUCGGGUCAUGCAAUUCGGCCCAUGAUAUUGCCCAGGAUUUCGUCGAAAAGGGCUACGACGUGACAAUGGUCCAGCGCUCAAGCACCUUUGUCACUAAAUCCGAAUCCAUUACCGGCAUCGUUUUGGCCGCUUACUCGGAAAAUGGGCCGCCAGUGGAAGAUGUAGACCUGUUGAUCCAUAGUGCCUCGAUGGCUCUUCUCAAGACGUAUCAGAUAUCCACUGCUAGGAGGCAGGCAGAGAAUGAUCGUGACAUACUCGAAGGGCUCCUACGCGUUGGAUUCAAGGUAGACACCGGGCCAGACGGUGCUGGUCUUUUCUACAAGUACUUUCAGUGGGGAGGAGGCUACUAUAUCGACGUUGGCGCUUCUCAGCUCAUUAUUGAUGGCAAGAUCAAAAUGAAGUCUGGACAGGAGGUUUCCGAGGUGCUACCUCAUGGCUUGCGUUUUGCAGAUGGCAGUGAACUGGAAGCAGACGAGAUCAUUCUGGCUACAGGAUACGGCAACAUGCGUGACAAGACUCGAGUGAUGCUUGGAGAUGCUGUUGCAGACAAGGUAAAUGAUGUAUGGGGCAUUGGCGCUGGAGGAGAGCUUCGCAGCAUCUGGCAGCAGAGUGGACAUCCUGGCUUCUGGAUACAUGGAGGAAAUCUCGCGCUAUGCCGCUACUACUCGAAACUCUUGGCUUUGCAGAUCAAGGGAAUCGAAGCUGGAUUGUAUGGGUACGGCGAGAACUAG